UUGGUUGAUAUAGAAUGAAAAAUAGCUUAUACUAUAAGUAGAUUUCCAUCGAUGCGACAACUUUAAUAUGAUAUCAGACUGAGAGACUCCAUAAGCUUAUAAGUAGAUUUCCAUCGAUGCGAGAAACUUAAUAUGUUAUCAGACUAAGAGACUCCAUGUCUAGCAUGACACUCCAGCGUGCUCGUUCUGUUCCAGAAAUCAAUUAUAUCAAGACACCGCAAAAUGAAGUGGACGAGGAAUCCAUUGCGCCGGUAGAACCAUUCAAAGAUUUAGAAAAUGUAGGAUUUAAAACAGCACAGCUAGUUGAAUCACCAGAUGAGUACCGAUGGUAUUUAAGGAUUCGGGUCUAUUUCCUAGUCUCCCUACUCGGAAUUAUUGCAUCUCUUCAAUUCCUAAUAACCACCUACCGCUGGUGGCCGAACAUGUCCCGAAAUGAUCGCAGCUUUAUGGUUCUAAUGUUGCUUCUGGCCUGCGCCAACCUAGCAUUAACCUUUUUUGGGUUCCGUCGUGUGCAGUCAAAGUCUCCGUUUAAUUGGAUUGUUUUUGGUAUGAUCUGUGAGGGUUUCGUGUUGCUAGCAGUGAGCUUGUCAAUAGAGGAGCACGAUCUCACCUGGCCUUUUAUUUUGGUUGGUAUAUUGGUGAUGAUUUUGUACACCCUUCUAGGUCUCUAUGUUCCAAAAGCCCUGACCCCGCAGCUAUGGAUUCUGAUCUUUAUGAGUAUGACAGUGGUGGUCAGCGCCAUUAUAGCCCUGUUGUUUGGCUUAGUCAUGCACCUCUAUGUGCCUUUGUGUUGUAUUCUCAUUAUUUUUGGCCCCUGGGCUAUGCAUAAUUCACAAAAAGUUCACUGGACCAGCCGUACUGGAUAUACUAGACGUCAAUAUUUGGAGGCAUCGCUCAAGAUUUUCAUAAAUUUCAUAUGCACGGUAAGCGGUACGUGCUUAGCCACACGUUUCACCACAUCAACCAUUGAGGUGGAUGCCUGCAGAAGAUCUGUGUGGUGCAAACGGGGAAUAGAUUUCUAAACUGAGCUGGCAAAUACUACAUUGUAUUUUCUAAAUUUGUUGUAAUUAGUAUUUCCUUAAUUCAAAAUCUUUGAAUAAAUGUAUGUAUGUAUGUA